AUGCCGUGCGGACUCGGAGGAAACAAGACGACCCAGAGGAAGCUGGUGUUAUUAGGCGACGGUGCGUGCGGCAAGACCUCGCUCUUGAAUGUCUUCACCAGAGGGUACUUUCCAACAGUUUACGAACCUACCGUAUUUGAGAAUUACGUGCAUGAUAUCUUCGUUGACAACGUCCACAUCGAGCUCUCUCUCUGGGAUACCGCGGGCCAGGAAGAAUUCGACCGCCUCCGCUCCCUCUCCUACGAUGAUACCCACGCAAUCAUGCUCUGCUUUUCAGUCGACUCCAAGGACUCCCUCGAGAACGUCGAAUCGAAAUGGGUUGGUGAGAUCGCCGAAAACUGCCAAGGCGUCAAGCUGGUCCUCGUGGCCCUGAAGUGCGAUCUGCGCGAGCAAGCCGGCGACGACGAGGCCCCAGCAGCAGAAGGAUUACAACCCAGAGAGAAGAAGGACAUGAUUGAUUACAACCAAGGACUCGAGGUCGCGAGACGAAUCAAUGCCCUCAGAUACCUGGAGUGCUCGGCAAUGCGCAAUCGGGGCGUCAACGAGGCAUUCACCGAGGCCGCGAGAGUGGCGCUGAGUGUCAAGGGCGCGGGCUCCAAGGACAACUCGACUUGCGAUGUUAUGUAA